AUAGUAUUUUUCUCUCACACCACUCCAACUCCAACCUGCCAAACACACCAAGUCCGCCCCUGCUUCAUGGAAGGGAUCUGCGCGCAAGCAGCCUGCCCGCCUGAUUCUCGUGGGGGAAAGGAGACCAUGACUCCAGUAGGUAGCUCGCGGAGCGACCUUAGGAGGCCGGGGAGAGGUGGUGGCACCGACCAAGAGAGCAGCAAGCCCAAGCCGCGACUUGAUGGAGAUAAUCUUUGUGCGAUAUGUGACAAUGGUGGUAAUGUAACUUGCUGUGAUGGUGGGUGCGGGAGGUCUUUCCACCUAACUGAUGAAAACAGUGAAGGAUCUAGAUGCAGAUUAAUCCUUGGGUUAACCAAAGAACAGGCAGAAAUGAUUCUUGCUGCUGAUGAUAAAGUUUUUAUAUGCAAGAACUGCAAGUAUAAGCAACAUCAAUGUUUUGCUUGUGGAAAGCUGGGAUCUUCUGACUUGUCAUCUGAAGCUGAGGUGUUCCAAUGUGAGGCUGAUGAUUGUGGGCGCUUUUACCACCCAAAGUGUGUUGCUACACUGCUCUACCCGGAUAGCAAACUCGAUGCCUCACUUUUGGGGGACAAAAUUGCAGCCAGACAAAAUUUCACUUGCCCCAUUCAUGAAUGUAUUGUGUGCAAGGGAGAAGGGAACAAGAAUGAUAGGAACAUGCAAUGGGCAGUAUGCAGACGCUGCCCAACUACAUACCACCGGGGGUGUUUGCCAAGUAACAUCCCCUUUAAAACAAAAGAAGGUCGCAAUGGCUACAUGCAAAUGGCGUGGGAUGAGUUGGAAGCACCAGAUGGACGUGUCAUUCCUCGUGAUCGAAUUUUGAUCUACUGCACGAAGCAUGAGAUUCUAAAAAAGUUAGGAACUCCCAAGAGGAAUCACAUUGUCUUUCCGGAUGCCAAAAAACAACGUGUACCCAAAAUGCUGGUAGAACCACCCAAUGAGGAAGAUAUACCCGAGGAAGCGGAGCUGCACGACAACACCUCACCUGAACCACCUCAAUCUCCUCCGCCAGUUGCAAGCAAUCAGAACCAGUGCUCCUGUUCCAGUCCGAUCAACUCGUUUGCACCAGGAUCCAUGUUUACGCAUCCACAUCCAGGAACUUGUGGUUGUCUUGGUGACUGACCAUCAGCAUCAGGCACCAUUCACCCUCCCUUGUUAAUAACCCAACAGUAAUACGAUCUUUGCAAAGUGCAUGUAAAUGAGUAGCUUCCACACGUUCCUGAUGCUGAUGGUCAGGAGGCGUGUAUCGAUGGAUUGUUUUUUCCUUCAUUGGUUGCAAAACAGGAGGUGCCUUGAAGGAAUCGUGUUGCAAACUUGCAGUUGCGAUGGAUGAAAAACUACGGGAAAAGUGUUCGUCUUUGGUUUUCAACAGUGAUGAGUAACCCGGUGUCCCCUGCCUGAUGUAACGAACAGGAUACGUUCUCAACGAACUAGAGUGAUGCACUUU